CACCAUCCAACAACAUCCAGGGCUUCUUCUUCCCCUUCCCCUUCCCGAUCCGCGAUUCAUCUUCUCGAAAAAAAGCAGCGGCGAUGGUGAAGGUGUUGACCUACUUUGGGAUGACAUUGGCUGCUUUCGCCUUCUGGCAAUCCAUGGACAAAGUCCACGUCUGGAUCGCUCUUCACCAAGACGAGAAGCAAGAGAGGAUGGAGAAGGAGGCCGAAGUAAAGCGGGUUAGAGCUGAGUUGCUGCGGAAAGCUAGAGAGGAGGAUCCUCUUGCCUGAUAAUCUUCUUCAGUUAUAAUUUGGAUUUCUAACCAAAUAUGAAUGACUUCUUCUUUUUUUCCAUUGUUAUGGACCCAAAAUGGAGUUUGCAUAAAACGACAAUACCAUAUAUGCUAUUGAAUGUGGGAAUGAUGAUGAUCAUGAAUAAGUAGCUUCCUCUUUGUUGUU